AUGGCUAUCUGGGACUCCCUCGGCGGGCGCAAGGAGGACAACGCCGUCCAAGCAUUUGACCCUACCACCACUCAAGAUGCCACUGGAUUCCUCUCCGAGGUCGCCGUUUCCGAUGCCACCAGACUCCAUCCCCUGGCCGGGUUGAACCAGGAUACUCUCGAUUACCUCUCCCUCGAAGACACCGCACUCGAUGAAACCCCCGGCUCCCGCUCUUUCCUGCCUUCCCGCGGCUGGUCCGACGAUCUUUGCUACGGUGCCGGAACCACAUAUCUCGCCGCGCUGACCCUCGGAGGCGCAUGGGGUCUCGCCGAAGGCCUCAGCAAGACACCCGCCAAUGCUCCCCCUAAGAUUCGCCUUAACGGUGCUCUCAACUCGAUUACCCGCCGCGGUCCGUUCCUCGGUAACUCCGCCGGUGUUGUCGCGAUGGUUUACAACGGAUUCAACUCUGCUAUCGGUGUCGCGCGUGGCAAGCACGAUUCUGCCAACAGCGUCGCUGCUGGUGCUUUGAGUGGAAUGCUCUUCAAGAGUACGCGCGGUAUUAAGCCGAUGAUGAUCUCUGGAGGCAUCGUGGCUUCCAUUGCCGGUGCUUGGGCCGUCACACGACGCACCUUCUUCUAA